AUGGCCGACCAGCUGAAAAAGCGAAUGGGGGAGCUUACGGUAGAUACCGUUGCGCUUCCCGAGAAGCGUGCGCCAGGCACAUUAGGAGCGGCGACAGAGUUCGUAACCAAUCUGACGUCUCUGAAAUUAAAGCCCAAUGUCCCUUUUUUCAAGUAUGAUAUUCGCAUGUAUAUAGUGUACAAAAGCAGCGAUGGAAAAGAGCAUCUUAAAGAGCUCACGAAGCAGACAAAAGACGACUUCCCUGAACAAGAACGGAAAACAGGGACAGUCCUUGUUUACAAGCACCUGCUGAAAACGAAUCCGAGCGUGUUCCCGCAGGAUGGGGCUCUCCUUUAUGAUCGUGCCGCAGUUCUCUUUUCUGCGCAGAAACAGAUCAAACUAGAUGGAGAAGAGAAAGUAUUCAUGUUGCCCGCGAGCUUGGUACCUAGCGCAGGUGAAGAUGCUACGGGUGUUCGUGUCGUGGUUAAAAAAGUCACCGAGGGAUUCCAGGUAACCUCAAACGACUUGGCUAAAGCUGUAAACGUCCGAGACUUUGAGAAGGACAAAGGAAUUCUGGAGGUGCUGAACUUGGCCGUGUCGCAGAAAGGAUAUAUGGAAACGUCGCAGUUUGUGACCUACGGAUCUGGCGUGCACUAUUUAUUCGACCACCGCGCUCUGGGAUUCAGGGAUCAUGAAGUCCCAGAGCUCAUGGAUGGAAAGUAUAUGGGAAUUGGCUUGUCGAAGAGCGUCAAGGUUUUGGAAGGAGAAGGACAGUCGUGCAAUGCUUACGUGGUGACAGACGUCACAAAGGGAGCAUUCCAUAUUGACGAUCAAAACUUGUUGGAAAAAAUUUCGCAGAUGUCCAUGUUCAUUGAUCCAAGGUCGGGGCAAUCCCAUUUCAACAUUCAGGCCGCUAUGCAGCCGAUCAAUCAGAAGAACAUUCUCCAGCUGAUAAAAGGAUUAUACGUAAGGACUACUUAUGGAAAGAAAAGAACCUUCCCGAUUGGAAACAUUGCACAAGCGGCUAAUCAGCUGAAAUUCCAAACUGUUGAAGGGACACAAUGUACUGUUGAGCAGUACUUCAAAAAACAUUAUAACAUUGUGCUUAAGCAUCCAGGAAUGUUCACUGUCUCAGAGCGCCAUAGUCCACACACGUAUUAUCCUGUAGAGCUGUUAAGGGUGGCUCCUUCCCAGAGAGUAACCUUACAGCAGCAAACUCCUGAUCAAGUUGCUACCAUGAUCAAGGCAUGUGCAACGUUGCCUCAAAAUAGACUCCACCAAACGAAGCUUCUGAAGGACGCUCUGGAUAUCAAGCCGGGCAAUUCGCGCCUCGCUGUAGCUGGCAUCAGCGUCGAGAAUGGAUUUACAACGGUUCCUGGGCGUGUUUUGCCGCCCCCAUCAAUCAUUUAUGGAGGAAAUCAACUAGUUAAACCGAUAGACAAUUGUAAAUGGAACGGGGACAGAUCGAGAUUCCUCGAGCCAGCCAGGUUAUACAACUGGGCGGUAUGUGCAACGCUAACACCGAAUGACAGUCGUCGCUUGCACAUUAAGGAAUACAUUGCGCGAGUGGAAGGCAGGUGCCGUCAACGCGGAAUGGAUGUGGAACCAUGCUCCGAGAUCUUUAACCUUCAGCGUCAGAAUUUUGAGAGUUUGAAGGAAUGGUACGCUUCUCAGAAAGAGAAGGAUCGCCGGUACCUCAUGUUCAUCACAUCUGACCACAUUAAGCAACAUGAUCUGAUAAAGCUCCUGGAGAUCGAGUAUCAAAUUGUCUCUCAAGAAAUCAAGGGAAGUAAAGUAGAUGCUGUUCUUACUAGGAACCAAAACCAAACUCUUGAUAACGUAAUUGCAAAGAUUAAUGAAAAACUUGGUGGCGUCAAUUACAAUAUUAUGCUCGGUUCUAGUCCUUCUGACAAAGCUAACAAAUGGCUUUCCGAGAAGGACCGCAUGUUCGUCGGAUUCGAAAUAUCGAAUCCUCCGGCUCUGUCGAAGGCUGAAAUCGAACGUGGAGCAGCUUACAAGAAUGCUUCGAUAUGGUGGAUAUUCGUCCCUCCUCAAGGAGAAUUCUCUGUGGAGAGCAGUACGUUUGGUACGAAGGAGUCGGGAUCGACUGCAACGACUAUGGCCGACCAGCUGAAAAAGCGAAUGGGGGAGCUUACGGUAGAUACCGUUGCGCUUCCCGAGAAGCGUGCGCCAGGCACAUUAGGAGCGGCGACAGAGUUCGUAACCAAUCUGACGUCUCUGAAAUUAAAGCCCAAUGUCCCUUUUUUCAAGUAUGAUAUUCGCAUGUAUAUAGUGUACAAAAGCAGCGAUGGGAAAGAGCAUCUUAAAGAGCUCACGAAGCAGACAAAAGACGAUUUCCCUGAACAAGAACGGAAAACAGGGACAGUCCUUGUUUACAAGCACCUGCUGAAAACGAAUCCGAGCGUGUUCCCGCAGGAUGGGGCUCUCCUUUAUGAUCGUGCCGCAGUUCUCUUUUCUGCGCAGAAACAGAUCAAACUAGACGGAGAAGAAAAAGUAUUCAUGUUGCCCGCGAGCUUGGUACCUAGCGCAGGUGAAGAUGCUACGGGUGUUCGUGUCGUGGUUAAAAAAGUCACCGAGGGAUUCCAGGUGACUUCAAACGACUUGGCUAAAGCUGUAAACGUCCGAGACUUUGAGAAGGACAAGGGAAUUCUGGAGGUGCUGAACUUGGCCGUGUCGCAGAAAGGAUAUAUGGAAACGUCGCAGUUUGUGACCUACGGAUCUGGCGUGCACUAUUUAUUCGACCACCGCGCUCUGGGAUUCAGGGAUCAUGAAGUCCCAGAGCUCAUGGAUGGAAAGUAUAUGGGAAUUGGCUUGUCGAAGAGCGUCAAGGUUUUGGAAGGAGAAGGAGAGUCGUGCACUGCUUACGUGGUGACAGACGUCACAAAGGGAGCAUUCCAUAUUGACGAUCAAAACUUGUUGGAAAAAAUUUCGCAGAUGUCCAUGUUCAUUGAUCCAAGGUCGGGGCAAUCCCAUUUCAACAUUCAGGCCGCUAUGCAGCCGAUCAAUCAGAAGAACAUUCUACAGCUGAUAAAGGGAUUAUACGUAAGGACCACUUAUGGAAAGAAAAGAACCUUCCCGAUUGGAAACAUUGCACAAGCGGCUAAUCAGCUGAAAUUUCAAACUGUUGAAGGGACACAAUGUACUGUUGAGCAGUACUUCAAAAAACAUUAUAACAUUGUGCUUAAGCAUCCAGGAAUGUUCACUGUCUCAGAGCGCCAUAGUCCACACACGUAUUAUCCUGUAGAGCUGUUAAGGGUGGCUCCUUCCCAGAGAGUAACCUUACAGCAGCAAACUCCUGAUCAAGUUGCUACCAUGAUCAAGGCAUGUGCAACGUUGCCUCAAAAUAGACUCCACCAAACGAAGCUUCUGAAGGACGCUCUGGAUAUCAAGCCGGGCAAUUCGCGCCUCGCUGUAGCUGGCAUCAGCGUCGAGAAUGGAUUUACAACGGUUCCUGGGCGUGUUUUGCCGCCCCCAUCAAUCAUUUAUGGAGGAAAUCAACUAGUUAAACCGAUAGACAAUUGUAAAUGGAACGGGGACAGAUCGAGAUUCCUCGAGCCAGCCAGGUUAUACAACUGGGCGGUAUGUGCAACGCUAACACCGAAUGACAGUCGUCGCUUGCACAUUAAGGAAUACAUUGCGCGAGUGGAAGGCAGGUGCCGUCAACGCGGAAUGGAUGUGGAACCAUGCUCCGAGAUCUUUAACCUUCAGCGUCAGAAUUUUGAGAGUUUGAAGGAAUGGUACGCUUCUCAGAAAGAGAAGGAUCGCCGGUACCUCAUGUUCAUCACAUCUGACCACAUUAAGCAACAUGAUCUGAUAAAGCUCCUGGAGAUCGAGUAUCAAAUUGUCUCUCAAGAAAUCAAGGGAAGUAAAGUAGAUGCUGUUCUUACUAGGAACCAGAACCAAACUCUUGAUAACGUAAUUGCAAAGAUUAAUGAAAAACUUGGUGGCGUCAAUUACAAUAUUAUGCUCGGUUCUAGUCCUUCUGACAAAGCUAACAAAUGGCUUUCCGAGAAGGACCGCAUGUUCGUCGGAUUCGAAAUAUCGAAUCCUCCGGCUCUGUCGAAGGCUGAAAUCGAACGUGGAGCAGCUUACAAGAUGCCUUCCGUUCUUGGAUGGGGAGCGAAUUGCGCCAAGAAUCCGCAGCAGUACCUCGGAGACUACGUCUAUAUAGAACCGCGCCAAACGGAUAUGAUGGGUGCCAAACUCAGUGAGAUUAUUGUCCAUAUUCUCAAAAGAUUCCGCGCGGCGACUGAUGUCGCUCCUCGACACAUCGUUCUUUACUUUUCAGGAAUAUCGGAGGGACAGUGGAGUCUGGUAGCAGACACUUACAUGCGUGCGAUACAAACCGGGAUCAAAUCACUUUCUGCUACCUAUGGUCCAAGUCUUACGGCUUUGACAGUUUCGAAGGACCACAUUGAGCGGAUCUACAAAUCGAACAUCACCGGGAAUCGCGCUACGGAGCAGAACAUCCCUCCUGGUACUGUAGUGGACACUAAGAUUGUUUCUCCGGUAAUCAAUGAGUUUUAUCUGAAUGCCCAUUCGGCUUUCCAGGGAACAACCAAGACACCGAAGUACGCUUUGGUUUACGACGAUUCUAAUAUACCGAUCAACGCGGUCGAAGGGAUGACGCAUGGACUUUGUUACUUACACGAAAUUAUCACCGCUACUGUAUCAAUGCCAGUCCCGCUGAUUGUGGCUGAUCGCUGCGCCAAGCGCGGUCAUAACGUCUACAUUGCGAACUCAAGUCAAAGGAAUGCAGUCAGUUGCAUCAAAGAAGCUAAUGAGAAAUUGGUAAAUCAAGGUGCACUUCAGAAAGUUCGAUACAACGCUUAA